AUGAUAGGAGCAGUUUCUAUGUCUGUUGAACAUGAGCUUUCGAAAAUUAAGGACAAGCACGUUCGGAAUUACUUGAACUCUAUCGGGCUGACAUCUAAAGCCAAUUUUCUUUCGAAAAUUGAGCUAUUUACCAGCUCUCUUUCCAAAAAUGUUCAAUCUGAACUUCUCUCUCUUUCACCAAAAAGCACUGAUCUUUUUCCAGUUGACAAAAGUUACUUCGAACGAUACUCAAAACUCAAGAACCUUUCAAGAUCGCGAAAUGAUGACGAGAUUUCGAAAUUUAUCGGAACGAUCACCAAAACAGAUCUUGAGAUUCUUGCUUCAGAAUAUUUUUGUGGAACGAUGCUCUCUCAGAUUGUCCGUGAUUGUGCUGUAAUGAAACUUUUACCUCCAGAUUUGUCAAAAGUAGCUGCAGAGACGCUUUGUAAUCGCAUGGAGUUGUCAAUCAGGGUGCAACAGUGCCUCUGUAAAAAGCCACAAAGCGAAAAUAAAGAAACUAUAAAAGUCAAUGAUGUCAAAGCGUGCGACGAGAAUACCUGCAUUUCGGAAUGCAUGAGCUCAUUAACGCAGUGGACGAAGACGACAAGUGCAAAGUUACUCUUUGACACUGACACAGCCGAGUCUUCCGUUCAAUGUUUGCGCUCUGAAAUAGAAACCCAUCACAAAAUUGCGGUUCUUUGUUUCGCCUCAGACGGCACUUCGUUCGGCGCGUUCUUCGAGAAAGUUCCAGGAGAUUGCGAGAUUGACAAUUCUCAUUUUAUUUUCUCUGUUUAUCGGAACGGCUCAAGACAUUUAAAGAGGUUUAGUCAGAGAAAAAACAUAAAAGCGUGUGCUUCUUUUUUGGAGAAGAAGUCCAAUUUAAUGGUGUGGGGAAAUACAGUUGGUUAUAUCUCCCUUGGCUCAUUGGGUAAGGAAAAGAGUAUUUGUUGCUUCCUUUCAAAUACGUAUGACUGUGAAGAUGAAGACUUGACUGGGAAUAACUGGGUUGCCUUUACGAUCAAGCGUGUGGUCAUCAUACAAGUGUCAUGA